UUCCUGCAUGCUCCAUGGAGGAUAAGUUUUUCCAUCUCAGCUAAGGGAGGAGGCAGUCACUAUGAAGAUCCCAGGGGCGUUGGUGGCUUUGUUGCUCCUGGGGGAAGUGGUGUCUCAAAGCAAACGUAAUUCCAAAGCUCACGUGAAGACUCCUGCCCAGAAUCGAAAGGGCCCUAACCCAAGUGGGGAACUGGAGCGCACUGCUGCUGAGGAAGAUGUCUUUGUGGGAGUUCUUCCUCCUAUGGAAGAUGCCUUGGCAUCACAGCUCAGAAGUGCCUCACUCACUCCUUGGCAUGCUCAGAAGGCACCUGAGGACAUGAAACUUUUCUUUCUGAAGAACCCCCUGAUCACCUGCAAUGAUGGGACCACAGCUGGGUAUUACUUAAGGGAGCACAAAGGGAGCAAGAGGUGGAUCAUAUUCUUAGAAGGUGGCUGGUGCUGUUAUAAUAAAGAAACAUGUGAUACCAGAUAUAAAAAUAUCCGUCGCUUAAUGAGCUCAUCUGAGUGGCCUCAAACAAAGAAAGGGACAGGCAUUUUGUCUGCCCAGAUGGAGGAGAGCCCUCACUGGUGGAACGCCAAUGCAGUGUUUGUGCCUUACUGCUCGAGUGAUAUCUGGAGUGGAACUUUGCCCAAGUCACGGCAAGCAGACUAUGCCUUCAUGGGAGCGCUAAUUAUCCAGGAGGUGAUUAAAGACCUGGUUCCUAAGGGAAUUAAGAAAGCUAAAGUGGUCCUGCUUGCUGGGGAAAGUGCUGGUGGGACUGGUGUGCUACUGAACCUAGAGAGGGUGGCAGCCCUUCUGGAGGAGCUGGAAGCUGAGGCAGUCCAGAUCAGAGGACUUGUUGACUCUGGCUGGUUCCUGGACAUUAAACAUCCAAGACAAUCUGACUGUUCAGAUGCUGCCUCUUGUGCCCCAGUGGGUGCAAUCAAGAAAGGACUCAGGAUGUGGAAUGGAAUCCUUCCAGAAAAAUGUAAACAGCAGUUCAAGAGAGUUAACGAGUGGCAGUGCUUCCUUGGGUAUAGAUUGUAUUCAUCCUUGAAAUCUCCAGUUUUUGUGGUUCAGUGGCUGUUUGAUGAGGAACAGCUGAAAUUAGAAAAUAUCCAUCUUGGAAGUCAGUUCCUAACAGAAAAUCAAUGGAACUACCUACAAGACCUUGGGCGAGAACUUAGAAACUCAUUGCGUGAUGUCCCAGCUGUGUUUGCCCCUGCAUGUCUGUCUCACAUGCUGAUUACAAAAAGCUACUGGCUGGAAUUUCAAGUGAAGGGCAUUUCUUUGGCCAGAGCCUUGCAGUGCUGGGAGAAGAGCCUUCAAGACAGCAAUAAAGCCCCAAAGAUCCCCAUGAGAAGUUGUCCCUUCCAUCUGAUUGAUAACUGUCCAUGGCCCCAUUGCAACCCCACCUGCUCAGUUCUGCAUGACCAUGGCACAGGCCAAGAAGUGAACUUCAUGCAGACUUUAUUCAGGAUGUGGCUUGAUGUCCACAGGAAAGCUCAGGAGCUCAAAUCAGGCCCCAGUCAACUGGGAAUGCUCAGUAAUGGUGGCUAAUGCAUAAGCUUGACAUCCAUGUGGGUUAAUUGUAGCUUAAUGUCAAACAAUGCUGAUGUUGAGCAAAAGUCAAGGGUUUCCGUAGAGUUUAGGCACAUAUUGGGAUGUUAUGGUUGUAAUGACUGAUGUUUAUGUCAAUCUUACUUUGUACUGCUGCUGUUUCAAUCAGGUGAACUCACAGCUUCACUUGUACUCCACUGCAUUUGACAUAGGUCGCAGUACGGUUUGGAGGCUGCUACACACUUUAGGGAUUUUUUGAGGGAUGGGCCAAACAAGGAUGAUUGUUGAACAAUCUUCAUUCACUUCCCUUUACACCCUGACUGAAUACCAUCAGAUUGCUGGGGGAUUAGCUGAAUGGAGUCUUCAUUUUGUAGGAUAACCUAUGAAAGUCUGAUUUCCUGUUUUCAUUUUAGCUCCAUUUACUGCUGCUGAGACUAUUAAUAAAAUGAGGAGUAUGAACAAAAUAUUGACCAAGCUUCCAAGGGCUUUGACUCAUUAGGAUGAAUUACUCUCAGUCAGAUUGUUUCCUCCUGUAGAAAAGCCCAGGAGAGCAGGCCGUUCAGACUGUGCAGAGUUGCUUCACUCAGUUCCCCCAUGUUCCCCAAUCAAGGGAGGAGGUUUGCCUCCUUGUGGAAUGAACAUGGGACUCCUCCCACAGACCCAGAGAA